CGCGCGCCGCCCGCAUCACCCACGUUAUUUAAUUUUAUUACAUUUGUUCACGUGUUUCGUUUCGCGUACACAUUCGGACGGCGGUUCAACUUCGCGCCAUGUGCACCAAAUUGUGAUUUCGGACCCUAAACAAAAUGGAACACCGUGGUACUUUUCGACAACAAAAAACAUUUUUCGGCAAAAUUUCCGUCAACCGCAACUAAACGCAGUUCAAAACUAGGUUCAUUUUUUAUUACGUUCGUUGAUUUUUUUACACCUCAGUUUUUCACAAACUAAUGCAGUUGAAACGGUUUAAGUUGAUUCUUAUGAGUUCUUUUCGUUUCUAAAUGAAACUGUAACACACAACCAAGAAACUGUAGCACCGACAGACGGAUAGAAGUAGACAGAAGGCGGCAGAAGUCGAGAUGGCGCUUGCUUCUUCUGUGAGCUUGUACUACUCCAUCGUGCAGCGGGCGGCGAGGCACUAUCUAGAAGAUUAUUGUCAUACAGAUACGACAGCGCCUUACGUGCUGUACAAGGAUGGAGUGGAGCGCGCUCCGCCGGGCACGCAGUGGGGCGGCGCCGUGCUGGACGGCGGCUACCAGCCCAUGCAGCACCAGAGCCCCGGCGGCCCCAGCCCGCAGCCGGAGCCGCAGCUCGCGUCGCCCGCGCCCUCGCCCUACCCGCCCGCGCCCUCCACCGACCCCGCGGCGGACGAGGCCGCGCAGCAACUCGCGCAGCAACAAGCCCAGCAACAGGCCCAGCAGCAGGCGCAGCAGCAGACCUCCCCCGACCAUAUGCAGGUCGAGCAGCAGCUCCAGAACCAGUCACAGCCGCAACCGCCUUCACAGGACCAUCUCGACAGAACACCCUGCUUCGUCCCCCAACCGGAUCUACAACAGCAGUACACGCCCUAUUUCAAGGAGACCAGACCCACGAGCCAUAUGCUCGGAACCGGAGGCUUCCCCUUACACUAUUUGAAGCAAAACGGGGGAGUGCUCUCCUUAGAAGGCCCGCUGGAUCAGUACGCGACGCCCGACCUGCGCCACUUGCCAGACAUCGUCCAGCCGGAGCAGCCCAAGCCGCGGAAACACAACCCCAAUUCCGAACUCCGCCUGUUCAAGUGCCUGACUUGCGGCAAGGACUUCAAGCAGAAGUCCACGCUGCUGCAGCACGAACGUAUCCACACGGACUCGCGACCGUACGGGUGCCCGGAGUGCGGCAAGCGGUUCCGGCAGCAGUCGCACCUCACGCAGCACCUGCGCAUCCACGCCAACGAGAAACCGUACGCGUGCGUGUACUGCCCGCGCUCGUUCCGCCAGCGCGCCAUCCUCAACCAGCACCUGCGCAUCCAUUCCGACGUGUCACCGCACCUCAUCUUCAAGAACGGGACGACGCCCACGCUGUGGCCGCAGGACGUGCCGUUCCCGCCCGACGAGAACAAGGAGGAGGUGCAGUCCACCUUCGGCGACGACGGGCCCAACGGCGACCAGCGCGGCUCGUGCUUCUCGCCCGGGGACACGGCGCAGUACCCCGCCUACUUCAAGGACACGAAGGGCCUCAACCACGCCGUCUUCGGCUCCAGUCUGUCGCUUCAGUAUCUAAAAGGCGGGAAACUCCCUGACGUGCUAGGCGGCCGAGCGAUGCCGCUGUACGUCCGCUGUCCGAUCUGUCAAAAGGAAUUCAAGCAGAAAUCGACGUUGCUCCAACACGGUUGCAUACAUAUAGAAUCGCGGCCCUACCCGUGUCCGGAGUGCGGCAAGCGCUUCCGGCAACAGUCACAUUUGACGCAACACCUCCGCAUUCACACGAACGAGAAACCUUACGGGUGCGUGUACUGUCCGCGAUUCUUCCGGCAACGGACGAUUCUCAACCAGCACUUGCGAAUCCACACCGGCGAGAAGCCGUACAAGUGCACGCAGUGCGGGAAGGACUUCAGGCAGAAGGCGAUCCUGGACCAGCACACGCGGACGCACCAGGGCGACCGGCCCUUCUGCUGCCCCAUGCCCAACUGCCGGCGGCGCUUCGCCACCGAGCCCGAGGUGAAGAAGCACAUCGACAACCACAUGAACCCGCACGCGGCCAAGGCGCGGCGCGCGGACGCCAAGACGCCGCGGCCGCUGCCGCCCGCCGCCGCCGUCGUCAAGCCGGAGCUGUACUUCCCGCAGUGCUACGCGCCGCCCUUCCAGCAGUUCCCCGCCGCCGGCGCGGACUUCAAGCCGGCCGUGGGGCCGGGCGUGGCGUGCCUGCCCGCGCAGUGACCCGCGCCCCCGCGGUGGCCGCACCCGCCGCACGCGCCGCACACGCCGCACCACGACCUCUACAUCAGCGACCGCCUCUACAACUAGGCGGCGGCGGCGCCCUAUACGACGCGCGCUCAGUAUACGACUCGCACCCGCGAGCUUUGCUACAUACAAACGAAGGAUCGCUGUAAAACACGCUUCGGUCUGUAAAUAACGAUAUUCUUUAUACUCUAUCGAAGGUCUGUCGCGAAUGUACAGUUGAAGACUGUGUACAC